AUGACAUCUUCGCACAAGCCAUCGACCGACGGAGUAUGCAUCGAGGAAGUGCAAACCGUGUUUCCCGCGAGGAACACGACCGACGAGAUGUACCUUGCCUUCACCAGUAGUUUACAACGGAUACGGGAUGCGGAUAAUGGCGUGUUGCUGCUGGCUACAUGUUCCGAUUCAUCCUCGCUGCAUCCAGAAGUGUUGAAGCGGUUCGAGGAAAACAUCCCCCUCGAACUACCCACCCUCCCACACCGCCUCGCCCUCCUCCACUACCUCACCUCCUCAUCCCACCCAACACCUCUCAACCUGCACCCCAUCGCCGAACGAUCCCAAGCCUUCCGCCUAGCAGACCUCGCCGAGCUCUGCGACUCCGCCCUCCGGCAUGCGUUCAGCAGACAAGGGGAUGGAUAUGGCAGUUCGGUGACACUGGUUCAAGAAGACUUUGAUGCGGCGUUUGGGGCGGUGGAGAUCAAGGCGAGUGAGGGCGGGCGGUAUGAGGGGGCGAAGGUGGAGGUUGUGAGGUGGGCUGAUGUUGGGGGCCAUGCGAAGGCGAAGACUCUCCUCAAAGAAAGCGUGGUAUGGUCCUUCAAAAACAUCGACGCUUUCAAACGGCUCGGAAUCGCGCCUUCCAAAGGCGUCUUGCUCCAUGGCCCACCAGGAACAGGCAAAACCCUCCUCGCCAAAGCCGUCGCGACCGAAUCCGGCGCCAAUUUCAUGCCCAUCUCCAUCCCGGAGCUUAUCAAAGGCGAGGUGGGCGAAUCCGAAAAAGCCAUAACCCGCACCUUCACCCUCGCCCGCCGCACGAGCCCCACGAUCAUCUUCAUCGACGAGCUGGAAGCUUUAUUCUCCCGGCACGAGAACAUGGGCGAUGCGGGCAAGAAGCUGUUCUCGAUGCUGGUUGUUGAGAUCGACGCGCUGGAGGCGGGGAGUGGUGUUGUUUUGUUAUGUGCGACGAAUUACCCCGGGCUGGUGGAGAAGGCGUUGUUGAGGCCUGGCCGCAUAGACCGCCUCAUAUCAAUCCCACCCCCCACGCACCGUGACCGGCUGUCCAUUCUACAGACUCUCACAAAGCGCCUGACACUCGCACCAGACGUAGACCUCGCGGUACUUGCGCGGAGGAUGAAGGGGGCUACGGGGGCGGAUUUGAAGGAGGUUGUGAGGAGGGCGAGUUUGGCGGCGAUUGCGAGGGAGGGUUUUCAAAACAAGCCGGUGGUGCAGAUGGCGGAUUUCCAAGCGAAGGAGGUGCGGGCGUACGGUGGCGGAGGAGUUGCGAGCUAG